GACUUUCCAAAAAGACCCAAAUCGUAAUUAUUACUUCAAUCCCACCCCCAACAGGCUAAAUACGAUUUCAAAACCCUCGCUCCCAAAUCCCUCUCUCUCGCGGCCGUUCUGCUUCUCUCUCCUCUUUCCCUCCUCACCCCAAUGCGAAGUCCCUCAUUCGCUUCACUCCCACUCCCAACCCUAACAAGAACUCUUUUUUAGGGUUUGAUCAUCCCUUUUCGCUCUGUACGUAUCUAUAUAUUCCUUCGAUACACUCCGUGCGAUUCUUGAUUGGAGAUGGUGGCCGGCUCGAGAAUCGAUAGUGGGACCCAGAUUCUCUCGGCUAGCGUACGGAAAACCAUUCAAUCGAUCAAAGAAAUCGUGGGAAACCACUCGGAUGCUGAGAUUUAUGCUACCCUUAAAGAAACCAACAUGGAUCCUAACGAGACUACGCAGAAGUUGUUGAACCAGGAUCCAUUUCAUGAGGUGAGGAGAAAAAAAGACAGGAAGAAAGAGAAUACAGGGUAUAAGGGUUUGGCAGAGGCAAGGAAAUAUGGUGAGCAUGAAGGUCAAGGAAUUAAAUCCUACACUCCUGAUCGUGGUGGUCAAAGAGGAGGAUAUAAUGGUAAUGUUGCUUCUGGCGAGCAUGACGGUCAAGGAAUUAAACCCUACACUCCUGAUCGUGGUGGUCAAAGAGGAGGAUACAAUCGUAAUGUUGCUUCUGGUAAUGCACAAUCACGCGGGGGAAACCGGGAGUUUCGGAUUGUGAAAGACAACAGAGUUAAUCAUAAUGUCAAUAGAGAGAUGAAGCCUCCUACCUCACAAUGUUCGACAUCCACCAGUCAGCAAGGGAGCUCGCAUGUUUCUGAGAAGGGUUACAGGAUAAACAUUUUGACCCGUGGCCUUGUCAACAGUUCACUUGGGACAUCUAACAAUCAAAAGUCGUCUGGUGGGCGCCAUUCAUCUCAAGCUUCUGUUUUGUCGGCUGUUUCAUACCCAAAGCAAUCUACUAAUUCAAGUGGAAUCAUCGGGAAAGAAGUACGGGAGGAAAGGCGGGCAGCAGUCCCAACUACUGUUUCACAGGUGGAAGCAUCUAAGCCAAAUGAUGUGCUGGCAUCAAACCACUUGGUGGUAGGAGUGUCAUCUUCAUCAGAUCCUGUCCACGUCCCAUCUGCUGACUCUAGAUCAGCUGCUACUGUUGGUGCCAUUAGGCGUGGAUUUGGGGCAGUAGGUGUUCGGCGUCAAUAUACUGAAAAUUCAGUGAAACCAUCAUCUGCACAUAGCACUUCUGUCUCCACUGCACAUCUGGGAAAGGAUGGUGGUACCUCUUCAAAAGAUUUGUCUCGACCUUUUACUGCUAUUUCUAAAAGUGAUCAUUCCAAUCAAACUGCUUUAUCUGAAUCUGUUGGUCCUGGGAGAACUUUCUCAACCAAUCAGUAUAAUAGCAGACCACAUCAACAAGUUGUGGCUCAUCAGAAAGCUUCCCAGCCUAAUAAGGAGUGGAAACCAAAGUCGAGCAAAACGUCAAGCCUCAACGGUCCUGGAGUUAUUGGAACACCUGCAAAAGCAAAACCUGUUUCAAAUACUCCUGAUAAUUCCAAGGGCUUGGAAAUAGAUGCAGCUCAGGUGCAAGAAAAGCUGUCACAAGAAAACAGUUUUGAGAAUCAGAAUGUGAUCAUUGCAGAGCAUAUUCGAGUGACUGAGUCUGACCGCUUUGGUCUGACCUUUGGCAGCUUUGGAACAAAUUUUGACUCCUUCAGGAACUUUGUAUCCGAGUCCCAUGCAGUUGGAAAUGCUGAAUAUUCUUCUGCAGAACCUUCCGCAAGUUUGUCAACCUCAGCCCCAGAGUCAUCCAGUGGUGAAACUUCUGCGAGCAAGCAUGUAGAUUUACCCGAUGAUCAAGUUCGGAAUUCUGAUUCCAGUUCUCCAGCAUCGGGUGCUGUACCUGAACAUCAGCUUCUUGUUAACAAGGAGUCCUCAAGUCCCCAGAAUUUGGACAGUUAUGCCGAAAUUGGGUUGGUUCGUAGCGACAGCCCUUCCUACCCUCCUUCGGAGUCACAACAGCAGAUAGAUACUCCGGAAUUACCAAAUUUUUCGGUGAGUCAGGCGUACGAUGCUCAUACUGAUUACGAUAUCCGGUAUAUCAGACCAACAAUGGAUGAGACUAUCAGGGGUGGUCAGGGUCUACCAUUUCCUCAAGAGGCCUUGAGCUCAUACACGGCCAACAACAUGCCUUCAUCCACCAUAGCCAUGGUUCAACAACAGCAGCAGCAGCAACAGCAGCAGCAGCAGCUACAACAAAUGGCACAAUUGUAUCCGCAAGUUCAUCUUUCCCAUUAUGCCAUGCCAUACCGUCAAUUCCUUCCCCCCGUGUAUGUUCCAUCAAUGCCCAUGCCAGGGUAUUCUAGUAACCCUACGUAUCCUCAUCCCUCAAAUGGCAGCAGUUACUUGUUGAUGCCCGGAAGUAGCUCUCAUCUUGCUGCGAAUAACCUCAAGUAUGGAAUCCAGCAGUUUAAGCCUGUUCCUGCGGGCAGUCCCACAGGGUUUGGAAACUUUGCAAGUCCAACUGGUUAUGCUAUCAAUGCUGCAGGUGUUGUUGGCAGUGCAGCAGGGCUUGAAGAUUCGUCUAGGCUCAAGUACAAAGAUGGCAACCUUUACGUUCCUAAUCCGCAGGCUGAGACAUCUGAGAUUUGGAUUCAGAAUCCAAGGGAGCUUCCAAAUUUGCAAUCUGCCUCAUACUACAACAUGCCACCACAAACGCCUCACGGUGGUUAUAUGCCGUCCCACACCGGUCAUGCUUCCUUCAAUGCAGCAGCUCAAUCUUCUCACAUGCAGUUCCCAGGAGGUUUAUACCACCCUCCUCCUCAGCCGGCAGCAAUGGCUAAUCCUCAUCACCAUUUGGGACCCGCCAUGGGAGGGAAUGUUGGAGUGGCAGCGGCUGCGCCUGGGGCCCAAGUGGGCGCUUAUCAACAACCUCAAUUGGGUCAUCUCAACUGGACAACAAACUUCUGAAAAGUAUUACCAUUUUGGGCCCUUUCUUGUAAGGGGAUCUAAGCCUAGCGCUACAGAAGUUUUUCGUUUCUAUGCAAAAUGUGAAACCCUUUUUCUUUCCGUUAAUGCAUUAAGUUUCUCUC